CGGGCGGCCGAGGAGGAGGCUCCAGCCUGACUGACGCCUCCAGAGCCGCUGUCUCGGUCCCCGCCGCCGCCGCCCGGCCGGCCCUGCAGCUACCGCGCAACCGGAGUGCGCGGGGGCACGCGUGGCACCGCGCGGACAGAGGCAACUGGCCCUACCUUUCAAGGGCUUUGGAAGAAGUCAGCCCACCUCCCAAUUUGAAUCGGUCCCCGCUGCUUCCAGAAGCAAAGGCAAGCUUGUUCCUAUGACAUCCGCGGACAGGUACUAGCUGCUGACCUGCCCAGGGCCCUGCAAGCCUUGAAAGGGCUCCUCCUCUUUCCCCGCGCAGGAGCCCGAGGUCUGCCUCCUAUGCACCCCAGCACUCCCAUCAGCUCCCUCUUCUCCUUCACCAGCCCCGCAGUGAAGAGGCUGCUGGGCUGGAAGCAGGGGGAUGAAGAGGAGAAGUGGGCGGAGAAGGCGGUGGACUCUUUGGUGAAGAAGUUAAAGAAGAAGAAAGGCGCCAUGGAUGAACUGGAGAGGGCGCUGAGCUGCCCCGGCCAGCCCAGCAAGUGCGUCACCAUCCCACGGUCCCUGGACGGACGCCUUCAGGUGUCCCACCGAAAGGGGCUGCCCCACGUCAUCUACUGCCGCGUGUGGCGCUGGCCGGACCUGCAGUCCCAUCAUGAGCUGAAGGCCCUGGAGUGCUGCGAGUUCCCAUUUGGGUCCAAGCAGAAGGAGGUCUGCAUCAACCCGUACCAUUACCGCAGGGUGGAGACCCCAGUUCUGCCUCCAGUGCUGGUACCAAGACACAGCGAGUACAACCCUCAGCUCAGCCUCCUGGCCAAGUUCCGAAGCGCCUCGCUGCACAGCGAACCCCUCAUGCCGCACAAUGCCACCUACCCUGACUCUUUCCAGCAGUCUCUUGGUCCGGCACCGCCCUCCUCGCCAGGCCACGUGUUCCCGCAGUCUCCAUGCUCCACCAGCUACCCGCACUCCCCCGGAAGUCCUUCUGAGUCAGACAGUCCCUAUCAACACUCAGACUUCCGGCCGGUGUGCUACGAGGAACCGCAGCACUGGUGUUCGGUCGCCUACUACGAACUCAACAACCGGGUCGGGGAGACUUUCCAGGCGUCCUCCCGGAGCGUGCUCAUAGACGGCUUCACCGACCCUUCCAAUAACAGGAAUAGGUUCUGUCUUGGGCUUCUUUCGAACGUAAACAGAAACUCGACGAUAGAAAACACCAGGAGGCACAUCGGAAAGGGUGUGCAUUUGUACUACGUUGGGGGCGAGGUGUACGCGGAGUGUGUGAGCGACAGCAGCAUCUUUGUCCAGAGCCGCAACUGCAACUACCAGCACGGUUUCCACCCAGCCACCGUCUGCAAGAUCCCCAGCGGCUGCAGCCUCAAGGUCUUCAACAACCAGCUCUUCGCCCAGCUGCUCGCCCAGUCGGUGCACCACGGCUUUGAAGUGGUGUACGAGCUGACCAAGAUGUGCACGAUUCGGAUGAGCUUUGUGAAGGGUUGGGGAGCCGAGUAUCAUCGCCAGGAUGUCACGAGCACCCCCUGCUGGAUCGAGAUUCAUCUUCACGGACCGCUGCAGUGGCUGGACAAGGUGUUAACUCAGAUGGGCUCCCCUCAUAACCCUAUUUCUUCAGUGUCUUAAGUCAUGUCGGCAGCUACAUUUCCACAGACUAGACGCAGGCAGAGGCUCCUAUCAUUGCAACUCGCAGCUAACGCAAGACUCUGGAUGCAGAUGUAAAUACAUGUCUGAUGUAUUCGAGUCACAUUUUUAUCACCUUUUGUUUUGUGCCACCUGCUUAACCUGGGGCCAUUGCUGUGUGAUUGAAGAAACUUGUUUUCCGGUCGAUGCUCUGAUUAGAAGCCAAGUCUUCUGUGAGAGGGGAAGCAGGAUGUGAGGACGUUGGCAGGUCCCAAGGCCACUGAGUCAGCUGGUCACUCACUCUACAGAAGGUUGUAUCCCUUAUGGAAAACACAAAGCUGCUUACUUAGGAAAAAAACCAACAAAACAAUCAAACCCACAUAGUUUUAAAAGACCUCACUUGCAAUGUGAAUGGCAGGAAAGAAAACUGAGCUUGUCCAGUGAUCUAGGAGGGAAAAAAAAAUCCACAGAAAGUUUAUCUCUGACUGAAAUAUGCAUAGCCGGGUACUGUGCUGGUGUCGGGUACAUUUAACCAGAUCUAAGCUGUGAUCGGAAAGGGAGAAACUGUGAAGCUGGGAGUCAGGUUGCCUCAGUCUACCACUGUUAAAACAAGCGAGCAGGCAAGCCAACCCAAGGCUUCUAAGGGAAAACAGCCUGAGGCGAGCCACGAUCCUGAGACAGGGUUAGCCUAGAAUUCAGGCCCAGGAGCACAGGGGGCUCCUGCUUCCUCUCUGGAAGUCAGCUUCCAGUCUUCCCGUUCCCGUUCCUCCUGUCUGACCUUGCAGAUGGCUGCCUGCCCUGUGUACACUGCAAACCGUGCGCAGAGGUGAAGCUGUAGACCGGAAGGUCAGGAGUGAAGUCACAUGGCUACCCGCACGUUCGUUCGCGCAUGCUCCUCCGGAAGCCCACCAGGCAGGGCCCCCUUUGCCUCGUCUUUCCUCCUGGCGACAAAUAUCAGUUAGUUACAGAUGAUUCAACAACAGCAAAGCCUCGGGGGAAAGCCAGAGGCAUCUAUGGAUCAUAUGUAUGCAUUUCUCAAACUGGCACCCGUGUUAAGUUAUUAGCUGGGUACAUCUGUGGCAGCCUCUUCUAAAGCUAUGAAAUACCUGGAUAUAGCUUCCCAGGUGAAGUAGGAAUGUUUCAUAUGCCCUACCUUUUUUUCUUUUUGAGGAAACAGUGGUAGUGAAUAAUAAAGCAUCUUUAAAAGCACCUUAUGUACAUAUACAUAUAUAUGUAUAUAUAUACAUGCAUAUAUCAGCACGCAUGUAUCAAAGCUUGUUAUUUCCCCCGUUGGAUGCUAAAGGGAAACAUCCUCCAGACUUCACGGUACACGCUACUCUUUAAUCACCCCAUUGUUUCUAAGUUUACUUCAGGCCCUUUGAGAAAGAUGCACAUGAUUUAGGAUGGCGUUCUUGGUGUGAAGGAUAGAGCUUCCAUAAUUCCAGCUGCCCUCCUUUAAUCCAUCCUGCCUAGCAUCCAUGUUCAUUUUUUGUUUCCCAUUCAAUUGUAUUUAAGAUAGAAAUGAUCAUGUGAAGAGUCACUCACAAUGCCUACUCUAUCUAUAAAACCAAUUAUUCACCUAUAUAUCAUAUAUGAUAUAUUAUCAGAAGACACUCAUUUUGUCUCAAACUACCACUUAGAGUGUAUAAACACCCCAGCAUGUCGAUUCUUUACGUCUGUGUGGCGCAUUUGUGUGUACUGGGUACAGUGUCGGGGCUGUAGAAUCAUGCACAUUAGAGGCAGGCCCCACCUCCAUGAUGCCGGGCAUCUCACAGUAAACCAUUUGCACAGACAUCGGGUCUCAGAACUUUAGAAACCCACACAUGUGAAUUUUCUUGAGCUUGAAAAAUAAUGUAAUUGAGUUCUUAAUUGCGUCGCCUCAGAACAGUUAGGUAAUUUAUCUUCGCAUAACUACUUCCACUCCUAGCCAUCCCACUUCCUUGUGUCCCUAUUUUUCUGAUAUUUCUCCAGGCUUCGUCCUUGGAAAAGCCAUGCAUGUGGCAGAUCUCUGAGAGCCCAUCCAGGACUCACAGUGUUCGUCUCAGAUUCCUGACAGCCCUUUUGAUCUCCUCACAAGUGACCAAAUAUCCCAGGAGUUCCUUACAAUGUUAAGAAAACAAAAUAUUGAAGUGUGUCUGGUUUCUUUGAGGAAGGAAUCAUGCCGUAGAUCCAUAUGUAUAUUGUCAGGGAACUUAGCUCUGAAGAGAUGUAAGUCCUAUGUUCCAGUAACAUAGUCACAUUUUAAUGAGUCCUCCGCCUCCACUCCCCCUCCCGCUCCCCCCAUCCCCCCAACCACUGCUGCUAAGAGAUCUAAAAUUAUCAUAAUGUAAUCCUUGCCCUCACCUCCUCUGAGUGACCCCAAGGCAGUCACUCCAUGAAGCUGACCAGCAUGGCGGGCUGCGUUUAUUCUUUUACAGGAUGAAGGGGAAAGUGGGCCGCCAGGCCCUUACUCACUGCCGUGGCCCCCAAAUGCCCCGGGCAGGGCCAAGCAAGGGAGAACUGUAUCGGUUUGGCUAACCCACAGACUCAGAAUGUGUAUCACUGUGUACAAGUCAGUAUUUGUGAGUCUUAGCAAAAAUAAGACAUGAUCAGUUUGUUUCAGCUAAACGAUAACAGCCGCUUCAGAACUAAGCAGACGCCACCUUUCUUAACACACACACUGGUCGUUCUGUUGUAUGGUCAGUGAAAGUGGCAAACUCUCUUGCGUUUAGAUUGUUCUUUUCGUUGUGUUCUAAGGAUGGCGUUAUCCCCAUAACGACAACAGAAAGAAGAAUGACAAAAGCGUUUUAUAAACAUUGCUUGCUGGACUUGAAGCUCCUGCUUAAUGCUGAAAUGUUCCAGAUAGUUCGUGUAUAUAUUAUAUAAAGUAAAAUAUACCAUGCAUUCCACGUCGUCUUUCCUGCUAGGAGUCAAGAGCCUAACUUUGAAGGUCAGGUAACUCUCACACAUGUUAAAGAUCAAUUCAAAUGAAUAUGAAACAGACUGCAGAGAGUUGUCUUUGAUUCCCAGCAGUCCAGCCUUCUGGAGAUGCCAUACACCACCAUCUGGUAGUUUAUGAUAGACAGUGAUAGACCUUUGUUGUAUUCCUUAGCUGCCUGCAGCUAUUACGAACUGGGUUGCUGGAACAGAAACUGAGGGAUGGAUGGGGAAGGGGCGAAAAGAAGGAGGGCCAAGACAGCGUUUCACUGAUCAAGGCCGGACACUUUAAUGGCGUCGGACCUUUUAACAGUUUGGGCAAACCCUUCCCCCCAGACUCCGGGCUGAGUUCCGGUGGAAGUUGUCUAGCUUCUCUUGGAGGUCCUUGUCUUGACUGCUCCGGCAGCUGGGUGGGUCACCUGCUUAAUUCAGGAAUUCCUAGACCUAGAGGAACAAUGAACUUAACCUUCACUGAGCUUCUCCUCCCUAGGAUAAAAAUUCCUGCUUUAACCUACUUCCCUAUUAUGCCCUGCCCGAAGCCAGGGAUUGUCCUCGACCAAUGUCAAACUCCAACCAUGUGCAUGACUGGCCCAAUAUGGCUCUGUACAGACCUUUUGGCUUAUUUUUCUUUCAAACUCUAGGAAAUACUUCUAUGUAUAUGAUCUAUGGCUCCUUAUGAUGCUUCAUCAUAAACUGUUCUACUUAGAAAAUGGGAUUCUUAAGAAUUCUUCAUGCUGUAAAAACUUUGGUGGCACUAUAAAAAAAAGACAUCUUGGAAUAUUUGGCAUUACAUGUGUAAUUUUAAUGAUACUUUGCAGAAUUUUUAGAGGCUUUUAAUUAUUGCUCCCCAGCUUAGCACCAGGACACACAACUCAAACCCUUUGUAUGGUGAAGUAAUUGUUAUUAAAAAGUGAAUCUAACACACACUGUCAUUUGAGCAUCCUACCUUAGUAACUCAACAACCAUGUCCAUCAAGGAACAUGUCUAUAUUAAGAUGAUUAGCAUGUGAUGCUUAAAACACCUGGAUAUAUAAGGAAACUUUCACUAAAAAAAAUCAUUUAUUUUUUAUAUGCCGCUUUUGUUUAACUGAUUAAAAUGUUUUCUAAGAGAAGCUUGUGAAAUUGCAAAUGACUAUGAAGUGUUUACAAGCUGCUGUUCCUUCUCUCUGCCCCAAGUUGUCCCACUGAUUCUACAGCUUACAGCUUCGAGCUGGCUUACAGGAGUUUAGAAAGGGUCAGCAUCUACAUAAUUUACAAUCAGUGUUCUGUUCUAGAAUACUGGGGGAUGCAUUUUAGCCUGAGUAAUCCAUCCUCUUACGGUUAAAAGUAUUUUAGCUUGUGGUUUAGUGACGUGGUAUACAGGCUAAUAUUCUAUCAGAAAGCCAACCAAACAGCAUUUCUAGGCAUGCUGAGUAUGAACAUGAUACACUGAGCUCUCCCAUUUGGCUGGUGUUAGAAUGUCCAUAAACAUAGUCACAAAAACGACAAGUCGAGUCAGUCUCCCUGUACCAGU